CUUCAAGAAAGGUUUUAUCCAUGGUUUGUUGCCACCUCCAGCCAUGGGUUUUUGGGGUGCACUUUGUUUUUUAAUUUUUCUGAGGGAAAGCUGGGGACAGGAACAAACGUAUGUCAUUUCAGCACCUAAAGUAUUUCGUGUUGGAGCCACUGAAAACGUUGUAAUUCAAGUUUAUGGAUACACAGAAGCAUUUGACGCAACAAUCUCUAUUAAGAGUUACCCAGAUAAGAAAUUUCAGUACUCUUCCGGCUAUGUUUAUUUAUCUCCAGAAAACAAAUUCCAAAACUCUGCCAUCUUAACAAUACAACCCAAACAAUUGCCUGAAGACCACAGUUCAGUUUCAUUUGUGUACUUGGAAGUUGUAUCUAAGCAUUUUUCGAAAUCGAAAAAAGUUCCAGUAACUUACGACAAUGGAUUUCUCUUUGUACAAACAGACAAACCUGUUUACACUCCUGACCAGUCAGUAAAGGUUAGAGCUUACUCAUUGAAUGAUGACUUGAAGCCGGCCAAGAGAGAAACUGUCCUAACUUUCAUAGAUCCCGAAGGUUCAGAAGUUGACCUGGUCGAAGAAAACGAUUACACUGGAAUUAUCUCUUUUCCUGACUUCAAGAUUCCAUCUAAUCCUAAAUAUGGUAUAUGGACAAUUCAAGCUAAAUAUAAAGAGGACUUUUCAACAACUGGAACUGCAUAUUUUGAAAUCAAAGAAUAUGUGUUGCCACAUUUUUCUGUCUCCAUAGAACCAGAAAAUAAUUUCAUUGGCUAUAAGGACUUUAAAGAUUUUGAAAUCACUGUAAAAGCCAGGUAUUUUUAUAAUAAAGUUGUCUCUGAGGCUGAAGUUUUUAUCUGGUUUGGGAUAAGAGAAGACUUGAAAGAUAAUGGCAAGGAAAUGAUGUCAAAAGCAAUGCAAAGCAAAAGGAUGAUAGAUGGAAUUGCUCAAUUCACAUUUAACAGUGAAAUAGCGAUUAAAGAACUAUCAUACGAGAGCCUAGAAGACGUAAAUAAUAAGUACCUUUAUGUUGCUGUAACAGUCAUAGAGGCCACAGGUGGAUUUUCUGAAGAAGCGGAAAUACCUGGUAUCAAAUACGUGCUCUCUCCCUACAAACUAAAUUUGGUUGCAACUCCUCUUUUCUUGAAGCCUGGGAUUCCAUUUUCCAUUAAGGUGCAGGUUAAGGACUCCCUUGACCAGUUGGUUGGAGAGGUCCCAGUAACCCUGAGUGCAAAGACCAUUGAUGCAAAUGAAGAGAGUACUGACCUGGCGUUGAAGAGAAGUGUGACACGUGCCAAUGAUGGAGUAGCUUCGUUUGUGGUUAAUCUCCCAUCUGGUGUGACGGCGCUGGAGUUUGACAUUAAAACUGAUGACCCUGUUCUUCAAGAAGAGAAUCAAGCCAGCAAAGAGUACCGAGCCAUAGCAUACUCCUCUCUCAGCGAAAGCUACCUUUAUAUCCACUGGACUGAAAACUAUAAAGCUUUGCUUGUAGGAGAACAUCUGAAUAUUAUUGUUACCCCUAAAAGUCCAUAUAUUGACAAAAUAACUCACUAUAAUUAUUUGAUUUUAUCCAAGGGCAAGAUUGUGCACUUUGGCACAAGGGAGAAACUUCCAGAUUUAUCCUAUCAAAGUAUAAACAUCCCAGUGACUCAGAACAUGGUGCCUUCCGCUCGCCUCCUGGUCUAUUACAUCGUCACGGGAGAGCAGAGGGCAGAACUGGUGUCCGAUUCCAUCUGGCUAAACGUUGAAGAAAAAUGCGGCAACCAGCUGCAGGUGCAUCUAUCUCCAAAUACUAAUGACUAUUCUCCGGGCCAAGCUGUAUCCCUGGAUCUAGCCACUGAGUCAGAUUCGUGGGUGGCUUUAACAGCAGUGGACAGCGCGAUCUACAGAGUCCAAAAAACAGCCAAGAAGCCCAUGGAAAGAGUGUUCCAAACUUUAGAGAAGAGUGACCUGGGCUGUGGCGUCGGGGGAGGCCGGAACAACGCGGACGUGUUCCACCUGGCAGGCCUCACCUUCCUCACCAAUGCAAAUGUAGAUGACUCCCGACAACAUGAUGAACCUUGUAAAGAAAUUCUCAGGCCAAAAAGAACGCUGGAAGAGUUAAUAGCGAAAGAAGUUGCUAAAUACCAACAUGAAGUCAUAAAGCAAUGCUGUAAUGAUGGAGCCUUUCGUAAUGAUGAUGAGACUUGUCAACAGCGAGCUGCACGGAUUACCAGAGGUCGGAGGUGUAUCCAAGCUUUCAACUCAUGCUGUACCAUCGCCACCAACUUCCGUGAUGGAAACCCUAAAAAAAAUAUGCAAUUGGGAAGGCUACAGAUGAAAAACCUGUUACCAGUAGACAAGCCAGAAAUUCGAAGUUAUUUUCCAGAAAGCUGGUUGUGGGAAGUUCAUCAUGUGCCCAAAAGAAACAAGUUGCAGUUCAAACUCCCUGAUUCUCUAACCACCUGGGAAAUUCAAGGUGUUGGUAUUUCAAAUAGUGGCAUAUGUGUCGCUGAUCCUCUCAAGGCUAAGGUGUUCAAAGAUGUCUUCCUGGAAAUGAAUAUCCCGUACUCUGUUGUAAGAGGGGAGCAGAUUCAGUUGAAAGGGACUGUUUACAACUAUAGAACAUCUGGAAUACAGUUCUGCGUAAGGAUGUCUGCUGCUGAGGGCAUCUGUACAUCUGGGAGUGCAGGCACCGACCACCAGAGCGGAAAGCCCUCCCGAUGCCCCCAUCAGAGAGUGGAGGGCUCCUCCAGUCACUGGGUAACCUUCAGCGUGCUUCCUCUGGAAAUAGGCCUCCACAAUAUCAACUUCACCCUGGAGACUACAGUCGGAAGAGAAAUCUUAGUGAAAACAUUACGAGUGGUGCCUGAAGGUGUCAAAAGGGAAAGUCAUGCUGGCUUUACUCUGGAUCCCAAGGGAAUUUAUGGUAUAAUGAGCAGACGAAAAGAAUUUCCAUACAGGAUUCCAUUGGAUCUGGUCCCCAAAACAAAAGUCAAAAGGACUGUGAGCGUAAAAGGACAGCUUAUCGGUGAAGUCAUGUCUGCAGUUCUGAGUCAGGGCAGCAUCGACAUCCUCUCCCACCUCCCCAAGGGGAGUGCAGAGGCAGAGUUGAUGAGCAUUGUGCCGAUCUUCUAUGUCUAUCACUACCUGGAAGCAGGAAACAAUUGGGGCACUUUUCAUCCAAUGCAGAAACAAAACCUGAAGAAGAAAUUAAAAGAAGGGAUCGUGAGCAUCACGUCCUACAGAAAUGCUGACCACUCUUACAGCAUGUGGAAGGGUGAAAAUGCUAGCACCUGGUUAACAGCUUUUGCUUUAAGAGUUCUUGGACAAGUAAAUAGAUACGUGCAGCAGAACCAAAAUUCAAUUUGUAAUUCCUUAUUAUGGCUGGUUGAGAAAUGUCAGUUAGAAAAUGGAUCUUUCAAGGAAAAUUCUCCGUAUCAACCAGUAAAAUUACAGGGUACCUUGCCUGUUGAAGCCCAACAAAAGGCCUUAUAUCUAACAGCCUUCUCUGUGAUUGGUAUUAGAAAGGCUUUUGAUAUAUGCCCCCUGAUGAAAAUCAGCACAGCUCUUACAAAAGCUGAAAGCUUUUUGCUUGAAAAUACACUCCCGGCCCAAAGCACCUUUACACUAGCUAUUGCAGCAUAUGCUCUUUCCUUGGGAGAUACAGCCUACAGGCAAUUCCGUAUCAUUGCUGAAGCCCUGAAGAAGGAGGCCUUCGUGAAAGGCAAUCCACCCAUUUAUCGUUUCUGGAGAGACGAGCUUAAGCACAAAGACAGCUCCAUACCUAGCACUGGUACAGCCCAUAUUGUAGAAACCACUGCCUAUGCUUUACUCACCAGCCUGGCCUUGAAGGAGAUGAAUUAUGUUAACCCAGUCAUCAAAUGGUUAUCUGAAGAGCAGAGGUACGGAGGCGGCUUUUAUUCUACCCAGGAUACAAUUAACGCCAUCGAAGGCCUGACAGAAUACUCACUUCUAGUGAAGCAGCUCCGCUUGGAUAUGGAUGUUACUGUUUCUUACAAGAACCAUGGCGAUAUCUACCAUUACAAGAUGACAGACAAACAUUUCCUUGGAAAGCCAAUAGAGGUGCCUCUCAACGAUGACCUUGUCGUCAGUACGGGCUAUAGCAGUGGCUUGGCUACAGUUCAUGUAACAACGGUGGUUCACAAAACGAGUACCUCAGAGGAAGUUUGUAACUUUCAUUUGAAAAUUGAAACCCAGGACAUUGAAGCAUCCAGCCUCCGAUCCUACAGCCAGACGGAUUACAAGCGCAUCGUAGCUUGUGCCAGCUAUCAGCCCAGCCAGGAAGAGUCAGCGUCCGGGUCUUCCCACGCAGUAAUGGACAUCGCCAUGCCGACCGGAAUGAGCGCAAACACGGAAGACUUGAAAUCUCUGGUGGAACGGGUGGAUCAACUAGCAGCUAAUUACCAAAUCAAAGAUGGACAUGUUAUUCUGCAAAUUAAUUCGAUUCCCUCUGAAGAGUUCCUCUGCGUCCGCUUCCAGAUAUUUGAACUUUUCCAAGUUGGAUUUGUGAGUCCCGCGACUUUCACAGUCUAUGAAUACCACAAACCUGAUAAGCAGUGCACCAUGUUUUAUAACCCAUCCCAAACCAAGCUGCAGAAAGUCUGUGAAGGAGCAACGUGCCAGUGUGUAGAAGCCGACUGUGGACAAAUGCAGAAAGAAUUAGAUCUGACAAUCUCCGCAGACACUAGAAAAGAAACAGCAUGUAAACCCGAGAUUGCAUAUGCUUAUCAAGUUAGAAUCACAGCCAUCACUGAAGAAAAUGCUUUUGUCAAAUACACUGCAACUCUUCUGGAUGUCUUCAAAACAGGGGAGGCCUUUGCCGAGAAAGACUCUGAAAUCACCUUCAUUAAAAAGAGCACGUGUGCUAAUGCUGACCUGGAAAAAGGAAAACAGUACUUAAUUAUGGGUAAAGAAGCCCUCCAGAUAAAAUACCAUUUUAGUUUCAAGUACAUCUACCCUUUAGAUUCCUUGACCUGGAUCGAAUAUUGGCCUACAGAUACAACGUGUCCAUCAUGUAGAGCCCACAUAGCUAAUUUACAAGACUUUGCGGAAGACAUCUUUUUAAAUGGCUGUGCACAUGCCUGAAGAAGGUGGGCUGCACAGAGUUUCCACUGAGGGGCCCCUGCGGUUGAAAUGCCUUUUGCUUUGGGUGUUGGAUUUUCCCCCACCCCCCUCCUUUUUUCUUUUUUUUUUUUGAGAUUCAUAGCUAAUCCUAUUUGGAACACUCUCUUCACUUAGAAUUAGUGGCACUUGCUUUUACCAGAGCAUAAUUUUAAGUGUUGCAACUUUCUGUAAUAGCAGGGCCCUGGGGGUCAUGUAGACAGAUAACUCCAGGGUUAUCAGACACCAGGAGCAAUAAAUUGGAACCUCUCCUAAAACCAGCCACCCAGGAAUGUUUGCUGGGGCCAAAGAAUAGGAACCAUUGAAAUACAGUAUCUUACCAAAACAUGGCCUUUCCUUGAAAGAAAACGGAUCAUUAAAGCCUGACUUUGCUUUCAAAAAA